GUAUCCCCGGAGUCGGGGCUCUCCCGGUUUGGCGCGAAACCGGAUCUGACGUUACCAUAGGGAGGUACUCCCUGCCCCUAGACAGGUACUGUUGUAGCUAGGGAAAGAUCCGACGAUUCCUCGGCCUUGUCCCCAGCCUUUGCUAAGCUGCCAGUCAACAGUCGCAGUCAAGCCUCGUCGGCCUUAUCUUUGCAUGUGGAGCUAGCUAGCUAUGCCUUCUUUGCGCGGCGUAGUGAUUGGCGACAGCCAAGUGAAAUUUAUGUGCAGGAGUCGCCUUCCCUUGAAGCCCUCCGUCAAGACCUGCACAUUUAGUUACGCUGGCUUUGACGCUGUGCGCAUGGCCGAGGCUGUCAGUGCGAUGCGCUUCCAGCGCGUUGAUUUUGCCAUUUUAUACGUUGGAGGCAACGACCUUGCCAACGUCAACGCGGAGCCUCAGGAGAUAUGCGACAAUAUUGGGGAGUUAGUUUUACAACUGCAGCACGACGUGGCCCCUAUUGUCUAUGUCUUCAAGGUGCUCCCACGCUGCUUCAACCCCAAAGACGCCGAUGCGGAGCGCAAGACACGGAAAGCGCGCUUGCUGAACCGCAAGCUGACGGCUGCGCUAAAGCGCUGGCCAUGUGUUCGCAUCUUGAACGCCGAGGUAAGGUUGCGCCGGCAUGAAAAUGCCGUGCCGUCGUGGUCGGCACUCUGUGACCGCAUCCGUGUGGCUGCAGGCUCGAGUGCAGCUGCACUGGAGCUGUUCCAGGCCAGCACCAGCCUUUUCAUGCCCUAG